AUGCCACCACAUCGAAAAUCCUUUCAAGAUAAUGAAACAACAAUCUUAACACAUAAAUUUAAUGAUGAGGAUAAUCCAGAUCUCUUAAUUUUUAAAUCUAUUUCUUCCUAUAUGUGCCAUAAAGAAUGUGAUAAUUGUUUAAAAAUAUUUUCUGCAAUCGAAACUCUAGAGAAUGAUAUCAAUUUAGAAAACAUAGCAAUAAAUGGAAUUAAGAACACCGAUCUUCAUACAAUUAAACCUAACUCUUCAACUAAACCACAAGAUAGAAACAUAAAUUUAUAUUGUUCAUCCUGCAAUUUUAUCUCAAAAGAAGAAACUGAUUUAAUGGUUCAUUCUAAAAUGAUUCAUCACGAUCCCAAUCCUUUUAAAUGCACCUCUUGCGAUGACGAAUAUCCAACUUAUGUUCAGUUAGGAAAACAUUUAGAAGAACACCUUGAAUCAAAUAACAAGAUUACUUGCCGACGAUGUUCAAAUUCAAUUACUAUUGAAGAGAUUAUGUUACAUCUAAAUUUAUGUAAAAAGUAUCUACCAUAUGAAUGCCAGCAAUGUUCAAAAUGUUUUGCCAUAAAUGAGACUAGAUUGAAUCAUGAAAACGGACACAACAAGAUGUGUGAUUAUUGUAAUAUAUGUUUCUUUUUACUAGAGGAUUAUGAGAACCAUUUAAAAGAUGUUCAUAUUAUGAAUAAGGAGUUUAGAAUGGAUACGGUGAAUUUGAUUUCUAGGGAUAGUGAAGGGGGAUCAAACCAAUUCGUAAUCGUUAAUAAUAGUGAAUUGUGA